AUGCGGUGGUCAACAGUCUCAGGGCCACUUUUAUGCCUCUCGAGCGCUCUGGUGCUUCUUCACGCCGUAGCCAACGCACUGGAUGUCGGCAGCCAGUCCAACUCCAAGUCUAGAUCUGGGGCCGAGCGAGCAACCGGAGCUGAGGCAGCAGCGGUCGCGUUGGGAUUGGAGGAUUUCUCGCCGGACACGAUCAUGGACCCUUUAGGCCACGCACCAGUCUAUAGUAGCCCUAACAACAAACCAGCCCGGCAUAACACCCAGUCUAAUGGCGAUGCCAACAACGGGAAGCGUCACUACAGUCAGCAACAAGCGACUUUCGAGGAGCCAUUUCAGAUGACCGUAUCGCCAAGACACAACAGUGGCUCAACUCUCCCAAACCUCCUCGGAAGCAGACGAAGAAACCGCUCAAUCCUGAUGGAGGAGGAGGAGGAAGAAGAGGAGGAGGAAGAAGAGGAGGAGGAGGAAGAAGAGGAGGAGGAGGAAGAAGAGGAAGAGGAGGAAGAAGUGGAGGAGGAGGAAGAAGAGGAGGAGGACGUGCAGCGCCACGUCAUGAUGUCAAUCAAGACCCUUGCCUGUCUCGACUCCGACUUUGGGUUCCCGGCAGAGGUGCGUAAGGAUACGGUCGACACGAUCAAGAGUCUCAUCUCGAGUUUUUAUGUCUUUGAGGAUCUGGCAGCUCACCCGCCCAGAGACGAAUCGGUGCAGCAUUUGAGCUUCCAGCCGGUCGAGCUCAUCAAGGAGAUUGAUGCUUGGGUCGAACAGAGCAAAGUCCCUGCUAUCGCCACGGAUGACGAGCAAGCAGCGAUGGAUGACGAUGUCGAUACAAAGAUACUUGAGGCUCAACGAGCAUGGGGCAGAAUCCACACAAAGAUGACCGACCGCGAGUUCCAUGACGGAAUCUCCAGAAUUCUACUCAGAGCACGCGAUGGACAUUUGUCGUAUGACGCUGACUGUUUCCGCGCGUUCCGGUUCCAGCACGGAUUCUUUAUGAGCCAUGUCGUACGCGAUGGCAAGCCCGUUAUCAAGGUCCAUUCCGUGGCGCCUUAUUUCCCGUACCAAAACGGUGUCAAGGAGGAUAUCCUGAACUGUGAUGUCUUGGCGAUUGAUGGUCGAGACGCAGUCGGUUAUAUCCAGGACUGGGCUGAUCGACAUAUAUCCAUGUCCAAGGACGAGAAUGUCCGGUUCAAUGCUGCACUGGCGACACCCCAAUAUCGCUCAGGAAUGGCAGACUUUUUCCUUCCUGGCAAGUUUAGCGAACGGUUCACCCUCCCCACCGAAAAAUCCCUGAGCUUCUCGUUCCGAUGCCCCUCCGACAGGAACCUCACGCUGAAUGUCAGAUGGGUUGGCUUCUAUACCCACGAGCAGUCCAAGCCCUUUACAAACGCCGAGUCGUACUUUACAAGCAACUGUAUCAAGGAUGCUGCUGAUCUCUACGGAUAUGAGGAUGAUGAUGAGGGUCAAGGUCGGGACAGGUCAAAGCUCGAGAAGGAGAAGCAAGAGGAUGCUGAGAAGAAGGAUAUCUCGGAACUCAAGUCGUCUUUGCGGGAGUUGCUUAUACAAAGUGCCACUCCUACGCCUAGUCCUUCAGAUUCCAAGAUUGCUGGCCCCUUACCUGACUUUCUGCCACUGGAGCCUCACCCUCCAGUAACGGAUGGCGCCGCAACUCCGACUCUACCGCUGACGAGCGCGGAAAAGGAUCUUUCAAAGCAUGUGGACGAGAUUGUGUCCAAGUUGGAUAUGAUCUCAUCUGAGCGGUUGCCUGUUGUCAAGUUCUAUGAUGACUAUGGAGGACGUGUCAGCGAGAUGAUUCGAGCUAUGGGUGCUUUGCCCGUCAAGGAGCUCUAUCAAGGCAAACACGGCAUCUCUGCCUUAAUGCUGAACGACGGAAAGACGGGCGUGAUUACAGUUCGGACUGAGAGUUCGACGAUUCGUGGCGAGGCCUACUCCCGCGUCCACCCAGCUUGGGCAGGUUCACUUCUCCGAGCCAUCAACGUGUUGAGACCUAAGGCCGAGAACCUGAUCCUCGAUCUGAGCCACAACACUGGAGGGUAUGUCUGUCUGGGUGUGACCAUGGUCCAGAUCUUCUUCCCAGAACGACCUCGUCUCGUCACCAACAUCCGUCUGUCUCCUCUCUCGACCCAGAUGAUGACUGCGGGCGCCAUGGGAAUAGAUCAUUUCAUCAGCUCCUAUGGCGAAUCGCCCGUUGCCGCCCUUCAGAGUGGGCAUUUUUUGAAGCCUACGACUCACCCACACCGAAACUUUACCUUCUCAGACUAUCUAUCGGAUCGGUGUGCUAUUGCGGACAAGUAUACUCUCGCGUAUGAUCCUGUGAAGGAGAGUCGACGAAAGCGCGCCUCCUCAACAUAUGGAACCACGACAGAAGGCAAUGACGAUGAUGUCCCUUACCGACCCUGGGACCCCGAGAACCUGGCGAUCCUGACGGAUGGGUACUGUGGAUCGAGCUGUGCGUUGAUUUCGAACAUGAUGCACACCAAGUUUGGAGUGCCCACAGUCGUGGUUGGAGGCAGGACGACGGCGCAGCGAGGAGGACCCAUGUCAUACUCGACGUUCCCGGGGCUCCAAGUCGUGGACGAUGCGCUGUUGUUUACAGAGAUGCAUAAUGUCCGAGGUGGGAUGAUGUCUGUGGAAGAGGUUCACAAGUUGGAGGAUGGUGGGCGUCAUCGAAAGUUCCAGGCUGCUUUUGCGGCGGUAAACAAAGCCAGAAGCCAAGAAGAUAGCGAUGACGAUAACGAUGACGGCAGCUACGAGAAUAACGACGAGGAUAGCGAUGAGGUGGAGGAGGGUGAGGAUGACGUAGUGGACGGGCAAGCGGGUCAACAGUCAGAAGAGGAAGACGAGGCAGAGGAGGAGGAAGACGAAACAGAGGAGGAGGAAGACGAAGCAGAGGACGAAGACGGCGACUAUGAUACCUUCUACCCGUUGACGUUUGCACAAAAGGGUCGUCUGAGACUGACGUGGCGCCAGAUCUACAACACGGGUCCAGAACUCGAGGUUUUCAAGCUGAAGACGGAUGGGGUAAACGACUUGUAUGAGCCGGCUUGGAAGGCGACGGAGCAGUGGCACGAGUACAGUUUCACCCCUGCGGAUCAUCGGAUCGAUUACACGGACCAUAACGUCCAUUCGAUUGGAGCUAUCUGGGAGGACGCUCGGGAUGCACUGUGGGGUAAUUCUUCUAGUCGAGGCGGUAGCGAUGUUGAAGGCGAGGAGGAUGCGGUUGAAGGCAUGGGUGGUGGGGAGGCGGGCCAGAGCUAG